GUUUACCUUUACUUGUGCAAAGAACAAUUGCAAGAACUAUAGUACUUCAAGAAAGUAUUGGUAAAGGUCGCUUUGGAGAAGUCUGGCGAGGGAAGUGGAGGGGAGAAGAAGUUGCUGUGAAGAUCUUCUCUUCAAGAGAGGAGCGCUCAUGGUUUCGUGAAGCAGAAAUUUAUCAAACAGUUAUGCUACGGCAUGAAAACAUCCUUGGAUUUAUAGCUGCAGACAACAAAGACAAUGGUACAUGGACUCAGCUGUGGUUGGUGUCAGACUAUCAUGAGCAUGGAUCACUCUUUGAUUACCUGAACAGGUACACAGUAACAGUGGAAGGAAUGAUAAAAUUAGCUUUGUCCACUGCCAGUGGUCUUGCUCAUCUUCACAUGGAAAUUGUUGGCACGCAAGGCAAACCAGCGAUUGCCCACAGAGAUUUGAAAUCAAAAAAUAUAUUGGUAAAAAAGAAUGGAACAUGUUGCAUUGCAGACCUAGGAUUGGCAGUUAGGCAUGAUUCAGCUACAGACACAAUUGAUAUUGCCCCAAACCACAGAGUGGGAACAAAAAGGUACAUGGCACCUGAAGUUCUAGAUGAUUCCAUAAAUAUGAAACAUUUUGAGUCAUUCAAACGAGCAGACAUCUAUGCAAUGGGAUUAGUGUUUUGGGAAAUAGCUCGGCGAUGUUCAAUCGGUGGAAUCCACGAAGAUUACCAGUUGCCAUACUAUGACCUCGUUCCUUCAGAUCCUUCUGUUGAAGAAAUGAGGAAAGUUGUGUGUGAGCAGAAGUUAAGGCCCAAUAUUCCAAACAGAUGGCAGAGCUGUGAGGCAUUACGAGUAAUGGCAAAAAUUAUGCGGGAAUGCUGGUAUGCCAACGGAGCUGCUAGGCUAACAGCUUUGCGCAUUAAGAAAACAUUAUCGCAACUUAGUCAACAGGAGGGGAUAAAGAUGUAAUCCUGGAUUUGCUACCGAAGAAUACUGUAAAAAUCCGUAUCUGCACCAGAGUGGCGUGUUAAGAAGGUUAAUUGUUCUACCUCAUUGGGGGAACAGAAGGAUAUUGCUGCCUUUUAGUACUUCAUAGGAACGUCACUUACUAGGAUUUUUGUGGACGUGCGAAACAGUUGUGUUGAGUCCUUUCUGUGCACUAUGAACCUCUUUCCCAGGUUACUUACAAAACAUUGGUGUAGUUUAGUUUUAUUUUUAUUAACCUAUAAUUUUUUAUCUGGAAAGUUGAUAGCUGGUCUUAACUUCUAGUUAACUGUGCUGAAAAUAGGAGGUCACUUUUAAAAUGGAACUGGUUCACCGUAUUGUUCUAGAGUGCAUUGAUGGCUCUUUAAACAACUUUAUUCCUGGCUGGUACAUUGACUAUUCUGAACCACUGUCACGGUUCUUUGAUUCAGAUUGUGAAUGUACUGUUGGAGUAUACUUUGCUAGCUAUUAAGGUAGUAUAUCUUUUGGACUCUUACCUUGAUUUACAAAUUGACCUCAUUCAGUUGUGGGAACAUAAUUUAUGCAACUAUA